AUGAGUUUCCAAGCAGAAGGGACAAUUUAUGGCAAAUUUGACGAUGGUUAUCUCGUAUCUAUCAAACUUGGAUCUGAAGUUCUUAAUGGAGUACUUUACCAUCAAUACCAACAAGCUCCGUCAUCUUCUUCCGGAUUAUCUGGACAAACUUGUCACUCAGUUGCACCUUCCAAUUCAGGUUUGGGGAACAAGAGGAGGAAGACGAGAGACGCUAAUUUCCCAAAAUCUAGUGGAUACAACUUCUUCGUUGCUGAACAGCAUUCCAUGCUCAAAUCUCUUCGUUUGCGUAGAGGAAAGGAAUUCACAAAGAAGAUUGCUCAAUCUUGGUACAAUCUAUCUCCUGAAGAAAAAAAGGUAUAUCAAAUCUAUGGGAUCGAAGACAAGGAAAGGUACCAGAGGGAACUGAAGGAGUAUAAAAAAGAACGAUGA